AAAGUCAAUUUACAUGAAACAUUCUCUCCGUUCAAUAUUGCAAAAUAUUGAUACCGAGAUGAAACAUACAAACAAGAAUGCCAUCUGCGGCAAUAGUUAGAAUUAAAAAACGUCAAAACGUCACUUUUGUCAAAUUUCCAUUAUUGGAAGAUUGUUCGAAAAAUGUGUUAGAGAAAAAAUCCAAUAUUUCCAGUAUUUUCUCUCCCAAUCUCAAUUUCUCACCAUCGAGUAAAAUCAAAUCAUUAUAUUGUGAAAGUUGUAUUUUGUUUAUAUCAGUAAAGUUAGUUUUGUAAGAAAAGUACUUGUGAACAUUUAAUUUGUGCUCUCCUCGUGGUUGGUGAUCCAUCUCGUUUGGGGCGCUUCUUGGCAAGGAAAUAGGAUCACUACGGAGAAAUUGCAUGCCCAGAGGACCAUCCACUUCAAAGGAUCAGGAGAACGAUCUGCAGACACAAAAUUUUUGCUCCUUCGGGAGCCGCAUUGGCUCUAAUUGCAUUAUUGUGUCUUUAAAGGUUGGUUACCUGAAGAUUGCAUCUGUGAAGAACAUCUAGAGUUCAACCACUAAUCAUUUUACCAUAUCUUCUAAAGGUACGUGGCGACCCCCCAAAGAACGUACAGCCCUACUUUGCAUACAGUCCACUAAUUAAAUUAUUGAUCAUCUUCUCUAAAAGGUUGGUUACCUGAAGAUUGCAUCUGUGAAGAACAUCUAGAGUUCAACCACUAAUCAUUUUACCAUAUCUUCUAAAGGUACGUGGCGACCCCCCAAAGAACGUACAGCCCUACUUUGCAUACAGUCCACUAAUUAAAUUAUUGAUCAUCUUCUCUAAAAGGUACGUCAUUAUCAUUUUGGUACUUCAAUCCGGGAAGUGCAGAUUGUCACUUCCGGAGAACUGUCGCCCGUACCGGAGUCUUUUACUCGUCAGUGCAUCUGAGCAACAUGCCGAACAAGCACGUACGAAGUGGAUACAAGGGCUCCUUAACCAACAUCAAGAAUGCCUUGGAUCGUCUUGAGGAAAGUCCUCAAAAUCUCAGAAGACUCGGUGUGAGAAAGGAUCUGGAGGUUCAUCUUGAGUCAUUGUCAAAGUUGAUCCCGAAAUUCCAAUGUAUUCAGCGAGUCAUUAUUGAAGAGCAACAGACUGAGGAGGACAGGGAAUCUGAACAGGCGGAACUUAUUGCAUUUUUGAGUGAGUGUGAUGCAGUUGAAAAAAGGCUCAUUGACCACAUCGCUGACAUCAGGUUGAGGCAGGAAGCAUCCACUAUGCAGAGUGGCUCAUUCUCGGGAACAUCUGCAGGCACUCCAUUGUUGUGUGAGAUGAUGCGCGAGGAGAGACGGGCACAAGAAACGGCAUUAGAACGGAUUCUAAAACAGCAACAAGAGAAUUUAGUGGCACUUUUGGGGAACUUCUCACAUGCUCCGGCACCGCAAGUCGUGGUUUCUUCCGCAGAGGGAGCCCAAGGCUUCUCUCAAGGUGGCAUCAAGUUAGAGGCAAUAAAAAUACCCACCUUUGAUGGCCAGUAUGUCAACUGGCAGUCAUUCCAGGACUUGUUUGGCAGCAUUGUGGAUGAAAAUUCUACUCUCUCAAAUGCUCAGAAGAUGCACUACUUGAAGAACGCGCUGGUGGGUGAGGCAAAGGCAGUUAUUGAGCACAUAGCAGCGCGAGGCGAGAACUACGCGGAGGCAUGGGAAGCUGUGAAGGGAAGAUAUGACCACAAGGUCAGCAUUUUAAAUUCUCUUCUGGAGACGUUCCACAAGCAGCCUGGAGUUAAGGGGACGUCAGCAGCAGAAUUGAGAAAACUUCACGAUACGUCCCGCAGUAUUCUCAAUUCAAUCAAAUCGAUGCAGGUUAGUGGACCAGACCCUUGGAUCAUUCAUGUCAUUUUUGAAAAACUUGACCAUGAGACACGAUCGCUGUGGAUUCGUGAGAAUAAUGAUCCAUCAAGAAUUCCCACUUGGGAAUGUUUUGACAAAUUCCUUUCGAAAAGAUGUACCGCGCUUGAAAUGUGCCCACCAGUGAAACAAAGUGUACCUAGUAAUAACCUCAAAAAACCCCCAAUUAAGCCUUCAGCAAAAAAUCAAGUAACUCAUAUGUCUGCUAUUAAUGAAAACCGCGACUUAUGUCCCGUUUGCUCAAAGACAAAUCACAAGUUAUUUCGAUGUAAUAAAUUUAAGUCAUUUACUGCUGUGAAAAGACUAGAGGUGGUGAGAAAUUUGAAACUUUGUCUAAAUUGCAUUGCUGAUAGUCACGAAAUUAAUGCAUGUACAUACCCUCCUUGCAAGCAUUGUAAACAGAAACAUAAUUAUUGGGUGCAUGAUGCUUUAGUGGGGGGAGUUGGAAGUACUACUUCGCAUGUGUUGCAGAUGGGAGAAAGUUCAAGAUCUGUUAAUGGCAAUUCUUCGUUUGGUUCACAGGGAGAGGUGUUGUUAACAUCCUCUACCAACUGUGGGGUCAUGAAAGAGUUGAAAAACAGGAGGGUACUGUUGAAAACAGCACAAAUAUUGGUCUACGAUGUACAUGGAAAGCCACACGUAUGCAGAGCGUUCAUUGAUGAAGGGUCGCAAGGUGAUUUUAUAUCCGAAAGAAUGUGCGAGAUUUUGGGCCUGAAACGUCAUCCAAUCAACGAGAUUGUCAAUGGUUUGGAGCAUCAGAGAUCCAGUCCGCGCUUCGCUGUGGAGACUACUAUUGCGUCAAGAUUCACUGGCAAGCCAUAUGCAUUGUGGUGCAGAGUUGUAGACAAGGUGUGUGCAAAUUUACCCAACUGGCCAGUACAGAAGAAGGAUCUUCGCAUCCCAUCGGGCUUUGAAUUGGCUGACCCGCUUUGGUAUGAAUCAGGAAAGGUUGAUCUCCUCAUUGGUGGAUAUAUUCUAAACGAUAUACUGCACGAUAGAUCACAUAAGCUGGGUCAGGGACUUCCUGCUCUCAGAGGUAGUGAGUUUGGAUGGUUAGUCUUCGGCAGUUGGAACCAGCAGCCAAUUCAUACUUCAACGGUGGGUAGCUAUGAAAUCACAUGCAAUUUAUCGACUUUGGCAAGCAUUGACAAUGGGUUGAGAAAGUUCUUUGAACUGGAAGCAAUUCCCAACUGUGAGUCAUUGUCUGAGGAACAAGAAGAAGUGGAGAAUCACUAUGUUGCUACCACAAAGAGAACAGAAGAAGGCAGAUAUGAAGUUGAAUUACCUUUGAGAAGCGAUUACACUCAAUUGGAAAACAAUCGUUGGAAGGCAAUGCAAAUGUUGAAGGCGGUGAAGCGACGAUUAGCAGGAGAUCCGGAAUUGCGGACCGAAUAUGGAAAAAUCUUCGAGGAAUAUCUGAAAUUGGGCUUCAUUGAGAUCGUUCCAGCUGAAGAAAUCCAUCGGCCAGCUUAUUAUGCUCCGCAUCAUUGUGUCAUUCGCAAACAGGCAACCUCCACAAAGACACUAAUUGCAGCAGCGCAUCGAGACUUCCUACGCUUUUUAUGGGAAGAGACGCCAGAUGGCCCUGUGGUGGACUACAGAUUCCGCUCUGUCUGUUUUGGAAAUGCAGCCUCACCGUAUCUGGCCACACGCUCAUUGAACCAAUUAGCACAGGAUGAAGGACACAAGUAUCCCAAGGCUGCAGAGGUUGUGAGGAAUAACAUCUAUGUAGAUGAUUGCCUCAUGUCAGCACCAACAGUACAGGAAGUCAUUGAAACGCAGAGGCAACUCAUUGAGAUGUUCCGGACGGCAAAACUUGAAUUGUCAAAGUGGCAAUCUAAUUCCGCACAAGUACUAGAAGCAUUGAAUAGUGAUCAGGAAAAUCAUGAGCCAAUCCAACUGUCAGGAGAUGAAGUCAAAACUUUGGGACUCUCUUGGUAUCCGUUGGCCGAUGUAUUUCGAUUUACUGUGGCUGAAGAUUUGGAUCCUACAAUGACAACCAAACGUACAAUGAUGUCUGUUAUUGCCCGCAUUUUUGAUCCAAUCGGUCUUAUUGGCCCAAUCGUGCUACAGGCAAAGAUGCUUCUUCAGAAAGUGUGGAAGGAAAACCUGGACUGGGAUACUCCUGUAGAGGGCUCAAUCUUAAAGGAAUGGACUAGCUUCAUUUCAAAUUUGCCAGCUGUUCAAGACAUUAGGAUUCCACGAUGGGCAGCAACAAUUGCAAUAUCAGUCGAGGAUCAACUGCAUGUGUUUUGCGAUGCAAGUCUCUUGGCUUAUGGAGCAGUGAUUUACUUGGUUUCGCGAGACUCAGAGGGAAAUAGAUCAUCCUGUAUGCUUACAUCAAAAUGCAAGGUGACACCAAUCAAGGGUGAAUCUAAGAAGAACAAGGUAGAGAAGGAAGCCCAAGAUCCAGAAGUCACAGUGCCCAAACUGGAGUUAUGUGCUGCAAAGCUGGGAGCACAGUUGAUGGAGCGUGUCCGGACAGUCUAUGACAUCAAGCCGGAAAGUUGUUAUUAUUGGAGUGAUGCAAUGGUUGUUCUUGGACAAAUUCACUCCAAAUAUGAGAACAAACAGGAGGUUUUUGUGCGAAACAGAGUGAAGGAUAUCAGAGCGCGGUCUGCACCAUCCCAUUGGAGGCACGUAUCGACCCAUGAAAACCCUGCAGACAUUCUAUCAAGGGGAACCACACCAAAGAAACUACAAGAGUCUCAAUUAUGGUGGAAUGGGCCAAAGUGGUUACUCGGGGGAGAAGAAGCAUGGCCAGCUCCAUAUCACCAAAUACUACAGGAAGAUUCACAUGUGUUGACUAUGGCUGCUGCCACAGAUCAAGCUGUUGCAGAAGAGAGUUCCGCGGGAGCAGAUGCAUUCACAUUCAUAUUGGAAACUGCCACAGACUGGCCCCAUGCCAAAAAACUAGCAGCAUUUGCAAUCAGGGAGAAUUGUGAUGAAAGUUUUGAUGCGGAGAAGGUGAACAAUGCUGAAUUUUCCAUAACAGAAUUGAGAGAAGCAGAAGAUUAUCUCAUCAAAGAAAACCAAAAAGCGAAUUUAUCAGAUGUAUUUCAAGCAAUAAAAGAGUCAAAAAUAAAUAAAUUCAAACAUUACAAGUUUCUCAGGUCUCUUUGCCCAUUUAUUGACAAUGAAGGAGUCAUACGAGUUAGAGGUAGAUUGCAGGAAUCUGAGGAGGAGUACAAUGCCAUACAUCCUAGACUUCUCCCAAAAGGCAGACUCGCGAAAUUGAUAGCGCAGCAUGAACACCUGAGUCUGCAGCAUGCUGGCCCGGAAUUGUUAUUUGCUUCACUGAGAAGGAAAUACUGGCCAAUAGGGGGAAGAAAUCUGGCGCAGCAGAUCUAUAGAACUUGUCACGUGUGCUAUAUGAUGAGACCUAAGGCAGAAGAACAACUCAUGGCAAAUCUACCGGCUGCACGAGUCACCCUAGUGAGACCUUUUAGGUCAGUAGCCAUGGAUUUCGCAGGCCCUUUCCAUAUUAGAGUCGAUCUCUUGCGCGGCACAAGGAGUCACAAGGCAUAUUUGUGCAUCUUCGUCUGCAUGGCAGUGAAGGCUGUUCACAUUGAGGUAGUCAGUGCUUUGACUACGGAGGCAUUCUUGGCAGCAUUCAGGAGAUUCGUUAGCAGACGGCGACGUCCAUCCCAAGUGUACGCUGACAACGGGAGAAAUUUCGUGGGAGCUGAGAGAGAAAUCAAGCUACUCUUCCAACAAGAGGAAGCACAAAGGAUCAUCAAGUCUGCCACUUGUGAUGAUGAGAUUGAAUGGCACUUCCAAACGCCGUCAGCUCCGCACCAUGGCGGUCUCCAUGAGGCUGCUGUAAAGUCAACAAAGUACCAUUUAAAAAGAGUGGUCGGAGAAGUAAUUUUGAAUUAUGAGGAAUUCACUACAAUUGUCACCCAAGUAGAAGCAACUUUGAAUUCCCGACCUCUCACAUAUGCUUCCGGAUCGCCAGCGGAUCCACAACCAUUGACUCCUGGUCAUUUUCUCGCACUAGGCCCGAUGAACGCUCUGCCCGAUCCAGAUCUCAGUGAGCUAAAAGUGGGAAAAUUGAAUAGAUGGCAAUUAUGCCAAAAGAUUCAUCAAGAUUUCACAAAGAGAUGGAGACAAGAAUACCUACACUCCUUGCAGCAGAGACUGAAAUGGACCGACGUUAAGGAGAAUUUGAAAGAAGGAGACUGGGUGGUGCUUAUGGAGAAUGAUUUGGCAUCUGCAACCUGGAUGAUGGGACAAAUUACAAAAAUAUUUGAAGGAAAAGACGGAAUGGUACGCACAGUCGAAGUGAAAACAAAGAAAGGAACGUACAUCAGACCCAUCACCAAACUAGCCAGAUACCCUAAAGAAAGGAUAUGGGGAUCACCGACCCAACUCCCCCCCCCGGAGUGUUAA